AAGAACUUCCGGGUCAACCCAGGGGUCAACAAUAAUCUUUGCUAUUUUAACAGAACUAAAGCAGCUGAUGGGCUAUUUGGUUAUAAUACCAACAUAUAACUACACAUAAAACAGCAAAUGCCUUCAAAUGUGUUAUGCAAAUAGUUUUUCAUUCAAUCUCGGCUUAUGUAAGGCAAGUUACACAAGUAGUGCUUCUGGGAUAGAAUAUAUCCAAGAUGGCGGCGGUGUUGAAAGUGUCCUCUCAGCUGGUGAAGAACAUCGCAAUCAAAACACCGAUUGCGUCCACCUCUACAGCUACAAGAAAGCUCCAUUUUGGACCCAGUGUGAACACAGAUGUGAAAACAGGACAGAUUUCCAAGGAUUAUCAGGUGAUAGAUCACACCUAUGAUGCAGUUGUCGUCGGAGCGGGAGGGGCGGGGCUCAGAGCUGCUUUUGGAUUGGCUAACCAGGGCUUUAAGACAGCGUGUAUCUCCAAAUUGUUUCCAACACGAUCUCACACAGUUGCAGCACAGGGUGGCAUUAAUGCAGCACUGGGCAAUAUGGAGGAAGAUGAUUGGAAGUGGCACAUGUACGACACUGUCAAGGGAUCUGAUUGGCUGGGAGAUCAGGAUGCAAUUCAUUACAUGACCGAAGAGGCACCUAAAGCCGUUAUAGAGCUUGAGAAUUAUGGUAUGCCAUUUAGUCGGCUGGAGAAUGGGAAGAUCUACCAGCGCGCCUUUGGUGGUCAGAGUCUGAAAUACGGGAAAGGUGGUCAAGCUCACAGGUGUUGCUGUGUGGCUGACAGGACUGGACACUCCCUGCUGCACACUUUGUAUGGAAGGUCCCUGAAAUAUGACACCAACUAUUUCAUCGAGUAUUUUGCUCUGGAUCUUCUGAUGGAGGACGGGGAGUGUCGCGGGGUACUGGCGUUCUGUCUGGAGGACGGAAGUCUGCACAGAAUUAAGGCUAAGAACACCAUCUUAGCUACUGGAGGUUAUGGUCGCUCCUAUUUCUCAUGCACCUCAGCUCACACAUGUACUGGUGAUGGCACGGCCAUGGUCGCACGUGCAGGUCUGGCGAACGAAGACAUGGAGUUUGUACAGUUCCAUCCCACUGGGAUCUACGGUGCGGGCUGCCUCAUCACGGAGGGGUGCAGAGGCGAGGGAGGGUUUCUGAUCAAUGGAAAUGGAGAGAGGUUCAUGGAGAGAUAUGCCCCCUCUGCCAAGGAUUUAGCUUCUAGGGAUGUGGUGUCAAGGUCCAUGACUAUUGAGAUGAGGGAAGGAAGAGGCUGUGGGCCUAACAAGGACUAUAUCUACCUGCAGUUGCACCACUUGCCACCCAACAUCCUCAGCACUCGCCUUCCAGGGAUCUCGGAGACCGCCAUGAUCUUCGCUGGGGUUGAUGUGACCAGGGAACCAAUCCCUGUCCUCCCCACGGUCCAUUAUAACAUGGGCGGCGUACCCACCAAUUAUAAGGGACAGGUGGUUCAAUACACAGAAGAGAAGGGAGACUACAUCGUGCCAGGACUGUACGCUUGCGGCGAGGCUGCAUGUGCAUCUGUGCACGGUGCCAACAGGUUGGGCGCAAACUCGCUGCUCGACUUGGUAGUGUUUGGAAGAGCAUGUGCUCUCACCAUUGCUGAGGAGAACAAACCUGGCGAACCCAUUGGGGACCUCUCUGCUAAUUCUGGUGAGGCAUCUGUGGCUAAUAUUGAUAAACUUAGGCAUGCCAAUGGUUCUACUCCAACUGCUGAGCUAAGACUGCAGAUGCAGAAGGACAUGCAGAACCAUGCUGCCGUGUUCCGUGAUGGACCUGUGCUGAAGGAGGGAUGCAGGAAACUGGAUGCUGAGUGGAAACAGAUGGACGACCUCAAGGUGUCAGACAAGAGUCUGAUCUGGAACACAGACCUGGUGGAGACCUUGGAGCUACAGAAUCUGAUGAUCAACUCCCUGGAGACCAUCUACGGUGCUGAGGCCAGGACAGAAAGCAGGGGAGCCCACUCCAGAGAAGACUUUAAGGAGCGUGUAGAUGAGUAUGACUACAGCAAACCUCUAGUGGGACAGACCCCCAAACCAUUGAAAGACCACUGGAGGAAACAUACACUGUCCUAUGUGGAUAAUGAUACUGGCAAAGUGCGACUAGACUACAGACCUGUUAUUGACAGUACUUUAGAUGAACAGAAAGUACCAAAUGUCCCCCCUGCUAUAAGAUCUUAUUAAGAGAUACAGAGAGAGAAAAAAAUAACAUUAUUUUAAGCCAGAUGUGAUGUGAUGGUAUAGUUUGCUUGUACUCUGAAGACAGAUAUUUUCUGGAUAUAGAAACUAAAGAGUUCAGUCAUAGCAUGGAUAAAAAAGAAAAGCUGAAGGGAACAAAAUUGGGUGCUCUUCUAGGUGACUUAUUUAUGGUUUAGGAAGAUGAUGUUUGAAUUCCUUGUUGAUACUCCAGGAGCCAUAUUUGGACAUAGUCACUUUUUAUUCAGUCAAAUUGAGUGAAAUAUAGAGUGUUAUUUGGCUUCUGAAUUUGUAAUAUAAUUUUUUCUUGGUUUAUGAGUUCUGAGUCAGUCAGCAGCUGGACAUUUUUAAAAAAAAUUAUUCAUUUAAAUGUGACAUUAAUCUGAGCAGUGCUUUUGUGUAUUUUGCUUAUUGCCAUCUUGGGGCUGGUGUCAUGAAUAUAUCACAAGAAAACCA